CUAGCGGAAGCACAUAGAUAUGCUAGCAAGUGCUAGCUCCAUGUGAAAUUAGCUCGAAGUCGGUGUUGUUCGUGUCUCCGGUGAAUAUUCCACCUAAAUGCUUUCAGGCAAAACACAAGCUAAUAACGAAGCAGCGAUGUCGUCGGUGCAGCACCUGAGAGAGUUCAUCAGUCACAGACUCACUGCAGCGGCCGAGGAAAUAUUCGAAGUCUUUGAAAAAACCAUCUUCGAGUACGAGGAGUCGCUCGCUCGCCAGAACGAACUGCUGGACCUCGUCUGGAAACCGGAAGUGAAGCUGCACAGAAUAGAGCUGCCGCAGUUCAUCGACAAGCGACUGACUGCGGCUGCCGAAGAAAUAUUCGGAGUCUUCGAAAGAAACAUCAUCGAGUACGAAGAUGAGGUCGCUCGACAGAACGAACUGCUGGACAUCGUCUGGAAACCUGAAAUAAAGCUGCACAGAAUAGAGCUCCCACAGCAUCUUGUCUGUGAGGAGGAGGAGGUUCUCACCGACCAGGAGAGGAACUCCAGUCUGGACCAAGAGGAGCCAGAGCCGCUACAGAUUAAAGAGGAACAGGAGGAAACCUGCACCAGUCAGGAGGGAGAGCAGCUUGUACUGAAGCAGGAGACUGACGACUUCAUGUUGACUCCUGACUGUGAGGACGGAGACCACAGAGAACCAGAACCAGACGUUGACCACCAGCUGCUCUCUCACAACUCUCCUGCAGCUGAGAGCCAAGAUCAGGAAAGAUGCGAACAUGUUGCCUCAGGAUCAAAACGUCUUUAUGAAAACUGGGGUCACAGUAACAUUGUGAACCACUCCCCUCCAUCUAAUGUUGGCUCUAAUACUCCCACGGAGGAAAGGUCUGUCAAAUGUGACAUUUGUGGAAAAGCGUUGAAGUACAAAUAUGGAUUGAAAAGGCAUAUGAGAACUCAUACAGGCGAGAAGCCAUAUUUGUGUAAAACUUGUGGGAAAGGCUUUGUACAAAGUAGCGCCUUGGAAUGCCACAUAAGAACUCACACCGGCGAGAAGCCGUACCUCUGCACCACCUGCGGGAAAGGAUUCUCUGAGUUGGCAGUCAUGAAAAAGCAUUUAAGAACUCACACAGGGGAGAGGCCCUUUACUUGCAAUAUAUGUGGGAAAGGUUUUGCACGAGGGAGCGUCUUGAAAAAACACAUAAGAACUCACACGGGUGAGAAGCCGUAUCCUUGCAACAUAUGUGGGAGAAGUUUUGUACAAAAAAGCACCUUGAUAGAUCACAAACGAAUUCACACGGGUGAGAAGCCGUAUCCUUGCAAUAUAUGCGGGAGAAGUUUUGUACAAAAGAGCAACUUGACAAUCCACAAAAGAAUUCACACAAGUGAGAAGCUCUACUCCAGCAACACUGUGGGAAAAGAUUCUGUCAGUCAUCAGACUAAUAUAUUUCUGGGAAGCAGCGACAUGUCUUCGCUCCAGCACCUGCGGGGGUUCAUCAGUGAGCGACUGACCGCGGCUGCCGAGGAGAUAUUCGGGGUCUUCGAGAAGACCAUCGUCGAGUUCGAGGAGGAGGUCGCUCGUCAGCGCAAACUGCUGGACCUCGUCUGCAAACCCCAAAUAAGGCUGCACCAGAUCGAGCUCCCACAGCAGCCUGUCUGUGAGCAGGAGGAGGAAGAGGAGGAAGAGGAGGAGGAGGUUCUCGCUGCCCGGCAGCUCUGUAACCAGAAGACGACAUCCAGUCUGGACCAAGACGAGCCAGAGCCGCUACAGAUUAAAGUGGAACAGGAAGAAAUUUGCACCAAUCAGGAGGAAGAGCAGCUUGUACUGAAGCAGGAGACUGACGCCUUCAUGUUGACUCCUGACUUUGAGGAAGGAGACCACAGAGAACCAGAACCAGACGUUGACCACCAGCUGCUCUCUCACAACUCUCCUGUAGCCGAGGGCCAAGAUCAAGAAGGAAGCGAACACGGGGCCUCGGGAUCAGCUAGAAAUGAAUCAAACUUUGACUCUAAUACCCACUCGAGUGAGAAGUCCUUCAAAUGUGACACCUGCGGGAAAGAAUUUGAUCGCAAGUGUCGAUUGCAUCUGCAUAUGAAAGUGCACACGGGCGAGAAGCCGUAUGCGUGCAAGACGUGUGGGAAGAGGCUGAAAACCUGCGAAGGCCUGUUGAUCCACAUGAGAACUCACACGGGCGAGGAGCCGUUCUCGUGCCAGGUGUGCGGCAAGAGGCUCCGGUCGAGAAAAGGCCUGUUGAUCCACCUGAGGACGCACACGGGCGAGACCCCGUACCUCUGCAGCACCUGCGGGAACAGAUUUACCGACAAGUCCACCUUGAACAGGCACAUGAAAGGUCACACGGGCGAGAAGCCGUUCCCUUGCGAAACGUGCGCGAGGUGUUUCGUGUCCAGGGCCCUCUUGAAGAUCCACAUCAGAAGCCACACGGGCGAGAGGCCGUACUCGUGCGGCUCCUGCGAGAAGAGAUUCUCCCAGUCGUCAGACCUGAGAAGGCACGUAAAAACCCACGCACGUAAAAGCCCCAAAAAAAACACGACCGGGCUGUCAGACUUGCAAAUCAGCCAGCUAAUGGCAGCUACAACGAGCUGUUCCACUUCGACGGUGCUAUCGUAACACUAAAGCAACAGAAAAACACGGGGGAGAUUCAGAUCGUGCUGCUGUUGAUUGUUAACACUUGUGGUGCGUUCACACUGGACGCGAUGCAAAGUUUCACAGUUGCUCACGCGAGUUUGGUCGCAAGCAAACGUUUGUGCAUAUUCGCCCGUUCUUCUUCCUUACACUUUCUCCGACAAACCUCAUCUGAACAAACACAAAGCUACACAAAGCGGUUGUUCUCACCGGGGCUAACUAGCCCGUGUCCAACUUCCGCGCUCACCUUCUGCCGAGCUCUCUCCUUCUGCAACCGCUCGGGCUGCCCACACACGGCGACAGUAGUGAUCCUCCAUUUCCUGAUGCGAUGACAGGACGCCUGACGACAGUGACCAGAGGGAGGAUCUCAACGCUAAUUGGCUAUCGCGUCAACACCUCCUGCGAUCGAUAAUUUGCGUCGCGUCCAGUGUGAACACACCAUUAAAGAAAGGAAACUGAUAAAGGCUGUUUGAUGCUUCACGGACUCUGUAAUAACAUCAGGGAUAUUUUCACCUUUCAUACUUUUACUCAACUAGAAAAUGAAAUGCUUGUGUUAUUUUAUUUUUUUUGGUGCUGUGUUAUUCCUACUGCGAUUUAUCUGUAUAAAUUCUUCCACACGUUCAUUCACACCUACGAGCAAUAAAGAGUCUACAGGUAAA